CACCGCCAUCGGACCCCGUCCCUUUAACCGAUUCCAUUUUAUUAUUAUUAUUCAUUCCUGCUGGCUGGGGAGCUAGCAGCCACAAGGUAGCCUGAACCGGCGGCCACUUUACUGGGUCCCUGCCUAAUUCGAGGUGGUCCCCUGGUGCGGUUUAGUGCCUGAACCGCGACCCGACCAGUGACCCAGCCCCAGACACGCAGCCCAGGGAAGGAAGGCACAAAGAUCAAGCCUCAUCGGUCUGGACGCUCCUUCCGACAACUAACUAUCCCCUCACAUCACGCCGCACCUCGGCUUUCGCACCAACUUCGCCUUCGACUCAACAUUGCUAUUCUUUCUUGCUCAACAUCUCUGCCGGAGAUACUCGCUGUCUUUCAUUUGCCCCAGCCGCCUCCGCUACCGAUCGACCGCGAACCGACUCCGACUCCGAUUUCUUUCCCUCCGGCCCAUGGUCCACCAUGUCCUCCAAGGACCGUGACGUCGAGGUCCCAGUCGACGACCGGCCACGCGAAAAGGCCCGACGCUCCAAGUCUGAGCGCAAGGAACGCAAGGACCGAGAUGGCGAUCGAGACCGGGACCGGGACGGCGAGCGUCGUCACCACCGCUCUUCGCGCUCCUCGAAGAGCAAGCUCAGCGAAGGUAGUGAAACCUCGAGCCGUCGCCAUCACCGCAAGCGCGACAAGGAGAGGGAUGACCACCAUGACCACCGCCGUCGCGAGCGGGCCGCCUCAACCAGCGACCUCACCCAAUCUGAUCUGACCCGGACCGCCUCCAUGGUCGGCACCUCCCUACUCUCCUCCCGCAUCUCCCUACCAUACCCGAACUUCAGCAAAGCCCACAGCAAGGAAGCCGUCGAGAGUCGAGAGUCUCUUGCCGUGCCCAACCCCCUUAACCCCUUCUUGACCCCUAAUACUACCGACAUCGGAACCGGUAGCCUUGGCGGUGAAGAUGUCACCCGGAAACCCUCCCCAUCCAACGAACCCUCGGACCGGCCACCCAGCCCGCCGGAGACCGAUCUCGACGCCGAUAAGAUGGGAGCCGAGGAGGCUGCGCGUCCUGGCGAGGAGACGCCAAAGGCCGAAUCCCAGACAGCGGAGACUCCAAAGAUCGAGACGCCAGACGAGGAAGCCCCGGCGGAAGAGGUGAAGAAAGACACACCUAAAAAGGAUAAACCCAGGGACGAGACGCUGGACCGACCAAAGUCGAGAACCUCGACCCUCUCUCGAUCUGCCUCCCACAACGAGGAUCGCUCCAAAGUCAGCCGCAGAUCUAUGUCAUCAAGCCAGGCGACCUACAUCAAAUCCUCGGCCAACCCCCGCGACAAGCUCCGGUCCGACUCGAGAGCCUCCUCCAGCUCAUCUCGUGUCAAGCGAACGUCGUCGACCCGAAGUCGAAGGAGGCUCGAGCCUGAGGACAUCGAAUCCUCGCCCUCGAGUGUCCAGGGCUCAUCCCCCAAGACACCUACUCAGGCACCACAAUUUCCUCCCUCAAACCUCUACCCUGAUGCCAAGCCCGGGACCCCUUCAGUACUCGAUGUUGAUGAUUUCGAUUCAAACUUGCACUCGAAAACGGCAACGCCUGCGUCUGGAUUCGCUGCCGCUCCACCGCCUCCUCCCCCUCCGCCUGCUCUUGAUAUCCAGGAUGCCCCGAGAGUGGAUUACCUGUUGCAGAAUGGUGGCCUCUCUUAUCCUGCGCCCAAGAAUUUCUUAGCAGUUCUGCCACGACAGAACGGCACACGGCCAUCCAACCCACCCCUUGCUGGAGCAGAAACUCUCUUCGCCCCAUUCUUCAACCUCCUCGACCAGUAUAACGCAGUUCUGGGUAAGCAAGGUUCGAUUGCCGUGGCCACCGGCCACCGCUCAGUCGCGCGGAGACUCCUCGACCGGCUCGAGAAUGUCUUCUCUCGCGACCUCCCUCCCAAUGGUUGCUCCUGUGUCAUGUGUGAGACCGCCCAUGAGAUCCACCGAGGUCUAACUUGGGGAGAUGUUCUGGAGUGGGUUAGCGGACGAAUCGAGGUUCCUCAAUGGCCCCCAUUCGACCUUGCCGAGAUUGGGACUAAGGCAGCCGAGAUCUCCGCUGAGAUUCCCGCGCGCCCUUCAUCUCCUAUCAAGCUGGACCCUGAUAUCGCGGAAGAGUUUAGGGAACACUAUCUCCGCCAAACGAAGAAGGUCCGGUCUGCUGUUGACCGAUGGCUCUCGAAUACUGGAGAAACGCCGGUUCCCCCCCCUCAGGAUGUCGACGAUGAAACUUUGACCUUCGCCGUCUUGACCAGCCUUGACGCCGAGGACCGUCCAUACUUCAAUGCCCUCCUCAGUGGCUCAAGGGAGCUACGACCAGGAAACCGUGCUCCGACGCCAGCUCACCGACCGCGAAGUGACUUCCUCAUCAAGACUGGACUCUCGCUGCAGCGACUCUACCGCCUACCGCAGGUCCCCCGCGACGCCGAGUCCGUAAUGUAUCUCAUCAAGAAUCCUCAUACCCAUGACUUGCUGGUCACCCUCUCCAAUAUCAACAGUUCGGAAUGGGAAAUUUUGAUCUCGGGUCGAUUCGACGGCUUCCUCUGGUCGGGUGCCGAUGAUGAUUUCACCUCCGCUAUGGAGUCAAGAGGAGCUACCCCGGCGAGCGGCUAUUACCACACACGAACCAUGAGCCCAGGGCCUCGCGGGCCUUCUGGGUUUGGAUCAAGAAACACAACACCCUUCUCAGUUUACUCCAGGGGCACUACUCCCAACUCCUUCGUGAGCCUCCCAUCCUCAGGGCUACCCGGCCGACAAGCAGUCUCGAACGACGAGGAGAUGGAAAUGGCGGCCAUUGCCGAGAUUGAGCGAGAGAUCUACAAGGGUAUGGAGUGCCUGGAGGAUGCCUUCGAAAAGCUUCACCUCAGGGCAGAAGUAGUUCGAACGGCCCUCCGCCAGCGCGGUGCUGGCCUGAUGCAGAACCUUCAGAAUCGCCGCCGUAUCGACGUCCUCCCUGGCCCUAGCUCUGGCAAUUCGCAGGGCUCUGGGUACGAACGCCCUGCCUGGGCGGCGGGGAGUGAAUGCGACCCCGCAAGUGACAGCGAGUGGGGAUUCGAUGAAGGAGAUAUUAUGCCGGAUGAUUCGGCCAGCAACAUCAGCAGCUCGAGGCACCGGCGGCCCAAGAGACGAACGGAGCGUCGAACCCCAGCACCCAUCAAUGAGGAAGAUGAGGAAGAACGAUAAACGCUCAGCUUGACUUAUUACCGGACCGCAAGAGCAGGUCUUGACGAAACAACGACGGGGGAGAAGAAACCAGAAUCUGAUGAACAAGAGUAUCUUAUCUUAUAGUUACGGGUAUAUUUUACGGAAUCACGGCAUAGAAAUACUUGCAAGGAAGUCGUAUUGCUCUGUUGGACGAAACCUUGUCGAUGACGGCCACGUGUCGCACAUGUUGGAAACAUUACGGAGUUUGAAGCAAACUGUGUCGGAUACCACUCGUGUACCUUUUGAUGUACUUGUCUUUUUAAUUUCCGAGUCUCUGUUCUUUGGAGGUCUUUUUUUCGCUUGCGUCCCUCUAUUUUCCCCACGUGUUUUCUUGACUGGGGGCGUUUCUCUGUUGCCUGUCCAUCCCGAGAUCAGUUGAACUGAUCAAGCAGGCUUUCUGAAGAAUAAAACUGGAAAAAAUGAAAAACGACGCAGAU